AUGCGAUGGAAGAACGUCAAGGUCUACGGAGAAGAUGUUGGUUCCAGGGCACAGAGCGACAUCUCAACCGUGAUCAGCGACUUGUACAAGUCUGUCCAAGGAAUUUGGCGUAGGAAUCCCCAGAAAGAGAUACUACACGGCAUAGAUGGAGUGCUCAAUGAGGGAGAAAUGCUUCUAGUGCUAGGCGGGCCAGGAAGCGGUUGCACUACUCUUUUGAAGACCCUCGCCGGCCAUCAUGGUGGAUACAGCAAGAAGAAAGGAGUCAUCCGCUGUAGCGGCAUCUCCAUUACGAAAGUCAUGGAGCGUUUCCGCGGAAGUGUCGUUUAUAAUGGCGCGGUUGAGAGUCACUUCCCCGAGCUCACCGUUGGUCAAACACUCGACUUUGCUGCGAAGACCAAAACGCCCCAUCGGCGCAUCGACGGGAUUUCGAGAGCGGAGUAUGCGGCCAGGAUAACGGACAUUAUUGGGACUGCCUUUGGACUUCGGCACACCUUCCAGACCAGGGUUGGGAAUGACUUCAUCAGAGGUGUGUCUGGUGGAGAGCGGAGGCGAGUCACUAUUGCUGAAAUGCUGAUGACUCGCGCCUCCGUCACAUGUUGGGAUAAUCCGACCCGCGGUCUCGACUCUUCAACAUCUCUAGAGUUUGCUCAGGCACUGCGGGUAGCCACCAACUUGACUGGUAACGUCUCUAUCUCAGCAUUGUACCAGCCCGGAGAGGCGCUAGCAGAGAUUUACGACAAAGUCACCCUCCUUUACCAAGGCUACCAAAUCUGGUUCGGCGAGAUCGACGAUGCUCGAAAAUACUUCACGGAAAUAGGAUUCGAAGCCCUCCCUAGGCAGACGACCGCCGAGUUUCUCAUUUCCAUUACUGACCCAAAGUCUGCGCGGGUGAGAAUGGGCUAUCAACAUCGAGUGCCUCGCAAUGCGGAAGAAUUUGUGAAAAUCUGGAAAUCCAGCGCCGCUUAUAAACACAUGCUGACUGAGUUCAACGAGCAAGAGCAACGAUUUCCCGAGGAUGACGAAGAAUCUUAUCAGCGCUUGAAAGACCAUCAAGUCGUGGAAAAGACACCAUUCACACGAAACCAUUCCGCCUAUACCCUCAAUCUUGGCAUGCAAUUCCUCAUCACGCUGAAUCGUGGUUAUCAACGACUUGUAGGCAACUGGAUCUAUUAUCUCGUCAUGACUACCACGAUGGUGGUCAUACCAAUCAUCAUCGGAAGCAUGUUCUACAACAUCCCAGAGGAUGCUUCUGGAUUCAUCUCCAGGGGCGGGAUGAUAUUCUUUUCGCUCCUCUUCAACGUCAUCAUCAAUUUCGCUGAAACUAGCGCCCAAUUUGCGCAGAGACCUAUCGUCGAAAAACAGAACUCCUACGCCAUGUACCACCCUUUUGUGGACUCACUAGCCACAGGGGUCGUACAGUACCCCCUGAAGCUUUUCAACAUCGCUAUGUUCAGCGCGAUUGUCUACUUCGUUGCCCAUCUAAAACGGGAGGCGGGUCCGCUUUUCAUCUUCAUGGCCUUCACUUAUAUCAUCUCCAUAUCAAUGACGGGGUUGUUUCGAACAAUUGCGAUUUUCGUCAAUUCCAUGGAGACCGCGUUGGCAUGUACAGGUCUGGCUAUGCUUCCGCUGGCAAUAUACAGUGGCUACGUCAUCCCACGCCCUUCGAUGCAUCCAUGGUUCAAGUGGAUAUCAUACAUCAAUCCAGUUUACUAUGCCAACGAGGCUCAAAUGGCCGUCGAAUUCCACGGCCGAAGGGCUCCAUGCACAACGCUCGUUCCCUCUGGUCCUGGGUACGAGCACGUCAAACUUGCAAACCAGGUCUGCGCGGUGGUCGGCGCGAAGCCAGGUCAGGCCUUUGUUUCUGGAGACGAAUAUGUCAAGCUGUCAUUCGACUUCGAAUACGCCCACGUCUGGCGGAAUCUGGGCGUCUGCAUCGCCUUCUUCGUCCUUUUCACCAUCACGUCGGCAUUAGCGGUUGAGUACAAGAAAUCAGCCUCCACGAAGAGUGAGUUCUUAGUGUUUCGCAAGACUACCAAGGUGUCCUCGAAGGUCAGUGGGAAUCCUCGCAAGCGCGACAUCGAACAGCCCCAUCGAGGCGUUGAACUGGACGUCAUCACGGAGGAAAAGAGAGAGUCCAUAGCUAUCGAGAGAAGCGACGAUAUUUUCUGCUGGCGCAAUCUAUGCUACGACAUUGAAAUCAAAGGGGUUCCCCGUCGCCUCUUGGACAACGUCCAAGGUUUCGUAGAGCCAGGCACCCUUACAGCCCUCGUGGGAGCCUCCGGAGCGGGCAAAACUACCCUCCUCAAUGUCCUUGCGCAGAGAGUUUCUAUGGGAGUUAUCUCUGGUGAUAUGCUGGUCAACGGGUCACCACUCGACAAGUCUUUCCAGCGGCGAACUGGCUACGUUCAACAGCAAGACGUCCAUCUUGCGGAAUUGACCGUUCGGGAAUCAUUCCGCUUUUCUGCGCUUCUACGACAGGGCAAGGAAGUCCCAGUUUCUGAAAAGUACGCAUACGUCGAAAAUAUCAUCGCAGCAUUGGGAAUGCAGCAUUACGCUGAUGCUGUAAUUGGAACCGCCGAGGAAGGCCUUAGCGCGGAGAAGAGAAAGCGCAUUACGAUUGGGCUGGAGCUCGUUGCUAAACCAACUCUACUGCUCUUCCUCGACGAACCCACCUCAGGCCUGGAUUCCCAAUCAGCGACAUCGAUCAUGAAGUUUCUUCGUGAACUUGCAAAUGCAGGGCAGGCGAUUCUCUGCACCAUCCAUCAGCCGUCCGCUACAUUAUUUGAGGAGUUUGAUCGUCUUCUUGUUCUUUCUAGAGGAGGAAAAACGGCAUACUUUGGGGAUCUAGGGCAGAACUCCAAGAUUGCCACCGAUUACUUCGAAAGACAUGGAGCCCCGCCUUGCGAGCCCACCGCAAAUUCAGCCGAGUACAUCUUGGAUGUGGUUGGUGCUGGAGCAACUCAGACGGCGAUGGCAGACUGGGCAGAGGUGUGGAAAAGCUCACCGGAGUGUGCUGCUGUGACUUCACGAAUCCGAGCCAUCCGAGCACCUAGACUCCAAAACAAAUUCCAAGGAAUAGACAGCAAAUUCCAGUUCAACAAACGCAUAGAUCCGGACGGAAAAAUGGAGGCCGACAAAACGACUGAUUUUGCAACAUCCUGGUUUACUCAGUUCUUCGCGGUGCAAAAACGUUGCUUCCAACAUGCGUGGCGGUCGCCGGUUUAUCUCAACAGCAAGUUCCUCAUCAACUUGUUCGGGGGGCUCUUUCUCGGUUUCACCUUUUACCAAGAAAACACGUCAAUUCAAGGACUCCAGAACAAGACCUUCGCCGUCUUCAUGAUCCUCCUUCUCUGUCUCAUUCUCAUCGUGCUUCUCCAGCCCCGUCUCCUCGUCAUUCGCGACCUCUACGAAGUCCGUGAGCGCCACUCAAAAAUGUACCACUGGACCACCUUCGUCAUCGCCAACAUCAUCGUCGAAAUCCCCUUCAAUUUUGUCAUUUCUUCCGUCGGCUUCAUUUGCUGGUACUUCCCUGUCGGCUGGUACCGCGACUCUGCAGUCACUCCCGGCCGCGGCCUUUUCAUCUGGUUCAUCUUCAUGCUCUACCAGAUCUACCACACCACCUUCGCACAAGCCAUCGCCAUGGUUUGUCCCAACGCUGACACCGCCGCCAUGAUGACAAUCCUCUUCUACACCUUCAUCCUUGCCUUCAACGGCGUCGUGCAGCCGCUCGCCUCCCUCGUCAAGUUCUGGCACUUCGCGUACUACGUCUCCCCCUUCACGUGGCUCGUCUCCGCCAUGAUGUCCACCGGCACCCACGAUGUCCCUGUCCGGUGCUCUGCCGCUGAGAUCAACAUCUUCCAGCCGCCGAAGGGAAUGUCGUGCGGGAAGUACGCCGGCGCGUUCGCGAAUGGUACGAUGGCCGCUCUAUACAACCCGAAGGCUAUGAAGAAUUGCGAGUUUUGUAGAUUUGGCAUUGCGGAUGCGUAUUUGACCGCUGUGCAUAUCUCGUAUGAUGAUCGGUGGCGGAAUGCGGCGUUCAUGGCGGCGUAUAUUGUGUUCAAUAUUUGUCUGUUUUUCAUCACGUUUUAUUGUCAUGCCAAUGGGGUUAAGAGUGUGUUUGGGGGGAUGGGGAAGCUGUUUAAGAAGAAGUAGAUUGAAGGGGCUUGUAAGCGAGAUGGAUGGGGAUGGUUCGGGACACAUUCACGAUAAUGCUUUAUUGACAAAUUGUCCACUUCUUCGUUUCUUGGUAUUAUUCUGAGGCUUCUAUGUUUAUGCGCCUUUGAGAUUUCGCUGACUGGUCGCGUUAUCGCCUCUAUUGUCUCGGCUACUCUCUUUAUCGCGUCGCCUC